CAUGACCAGCUUACGACACUCAGUGUGCAAGAGGCGCCUCUGCAUGCUUUAGCAACAUACUGGCUGAGCUGAAGAAGAGAAGGAAUCCUUAGCUUGUCUGCUUUCUUUUAUUUAUUUAUUUUAUUAUUAUUAUAAUUUUUUUUGCUCUCUUUUUUUCUUCGCUUUAAACGUCAACUAAUCAACUAGGCGCAGAAGAGGGGGACUUAGCGGAAUGAAUCUACGGUCUUCUGCUCAGUGACUGGAUGGUGAUCUGUCCUUUUCUUUCUUUUUUUUUUUUGGUGGUUGCUUCUGGCGAACGAUUAUUUCAGAGAUGGACACUGAGCAGCCUUGCCUGAUGCCGUGGAGAUCUUAGCGAAGAGAGUUUGGAGUUCUUUCCGGAAUGACACUGUAAUCACCGCAGAGGCAAAAAGGACGGACGUCGAAAAGAAAAAAAAAAGAGGGGGAUCAAGCUCCUUGUUGUGCAACUUGAAGGUCCUACAAGUCGGCUACAAAGGUAACCGGACCCCCACCGUCACCACCACCGCCACCCCCCCCCCUCUUCUUCCCUUUCAGCUCAUUGAGAAGGAGCAAAGGGGGGAUAUUGUAAGCCUUGCCAGCCUUCGCAAAAGGCUAAAAGCUACUGUAUGUCUGUACACAGAGGGGUCUUUUUUAAGCUCGGCAUAUAAUUAACCCAAAACACAAAGGAAGCAGCUGAAUGGAGCUUGUCACUCUCUGGAAAAGGGUGGGUAAGAUACUUUUUUAAUUAAAUUCUUUCAUGAAGAAAGAUAUCCCCCCCCUCCUCGACCACCACCCUCUCUUCUGCAGCAUUUAUCAUGAACAAAACCCAAUCACCUUCCAAUUUGCAUCACCUUUAAUGCUGCCAAGAUUUCUGCAUGCUGAAAAAAAAAAGUCCCUCUGUUGACCUAUGACAUGUAUUUCACUGAAAUAUGAUGUAGAAGCCGCAGACAUUUUCAAUGGACAUUCUCGGGAAAAACUGGAACCGUGUUUGCUAAUGGAUUUCCUUCUCAUUGGUCUCUGUUUAAACUGGAUGCUGAGAAAGCCCCCUGGGUUAAUACUGUGUGCAAUGGGCAUAUUUGUUAAAAUGCUUCCACUGGUGAGCAGUGGCUGUCCCAGAGUGUGCCGUUGCGAGGGCAGGUUCUUGUACUGCGAGUCACAAAAUGUCACAGAGCUGCCUCGCAACCUAUCGGGCGUGAUGGGCUUGUCGCUGCGGUACAACAGCUUGACGGAGCUGCAAGAUGGACAGUUCACUGGGUUAAUUCAACUCACGUGGCUCUAUCUGGAUCACAAUCACAUAGACACAAUAGAGGGGGAUGCCUUUCAAAAAUUGCGUAGGGUCAAAGAACUCACACUUAGCUCCAACAAAAUCACACAUCUAGCGAACCAUACUUUCCGACCCAUGCCAAACUUGCGCAGUGUGGAUUUGUCAAACAAUAACAUACAGUCCCUGGCACCGGAUCUGUUCCACGGGCUACGCAAGCUGACGAGUUUACAGAUGCGCCACAACGACAUCAAGUUUGUGCCAGUAAGAAUUUUUCAGGACUGUCGCAGCCUCGAGUUUCUCGACUUGGGAUACAAUCAGUUGAAGAGCCUGGCCCGCAACUCCUUUGCGGGCUUAUUCAAACUUGCAGAACUUCACCUGGAGCACAAUGACUUAGUGAAAGUUAAUUUAGCUCACUUUCCCAGGCUCCUCUCGCUACAUUCUCUCUUUAUGAGAAAGAACAAAGUCACCAUAGUGGUGAACUCUUUGGACUGGGUGUGGAAGCUCACCAAAAUGGAUCUAUCUGGGAACGAGAUCGAAUACAUCGAACCUCAUGUUUUCGAAAGUGUACCUCACCUGGAAUCCCUACAGCUCGAUUCCAAUCGCCUCACCUAUAUCGAUUCUAGAAUCCUGAGUUCUUGGAAUUCUCUCGCCAGUAUCACCCUGUCCGGGAACAACUGGGACUGUGGGCGUAACGUCUGCGCCUUGGCCUCUUGGUUGAGCAACUUCAAAGGUCGCUAUGAUGGCAACAUGCUUUGCACCACCCCUGAGUAUGCCCAAGGAGAGGAUGUUUUGGAUGCUGUUUAUGCCUUUCAUUUAUGUGAGGACCCUACUGAUCCAACUAGCCCCAAUGCCAUCAUCACCUUCUUUAACAACAGUGACAAAAACGCCCAUAACAAUCCCACCAUGACUACCGCCACCUAUGACGUCCAGGAUACCGAAGGGGAAAAAACUACGGACAUCUUGAUGGCUACUCUACCCAGCGAGCUUACGGACAACACCAUCCAGAUUCACAAGGUGGUCACCGGGACUAUGGCUCUGAUUUUUUCCUUUCUUAUUGUGGUUUUGAUGUUGUAUGUUAGCUGGAAGUGUUUCCCAGCCAGCCUCCGGCAGUUGAGGCAGUGCUUUGUGACACAGCGUAGGAAGCAAAAACAAAAACAGACUAUGCAUCAGAUGGCUUCUAUGUCUGCCCAGGAAUACUAUGUUGAUUACAAACCCAAUCACAUCGAAGGAGCCCUGGUAAUUAUUAAUGAAUAUGGUUCUUGUUCUUGUCACCAGCAACCUGCCAGGGAAUGUGAGGUGUGACCAUGUCUUUCACAAAAAAAACAAAAACAAAAAAACAACAAAAAAAGGGAUUUAAAACACUGUACAACCAAAUAACGAUGGCAUAUAGACCAGCUGAAGAGAAUAUUUUUGCACCUCUUGACUUGAUACUCAAAGGGGAAUCUAUUGAAAAAAAAGAAUAAAUCAAAAACUUGACCUUUUAGCUUUAUUGUGUCUUAAAAAAAAAA